ACAUCAUCAUUACAACUCAAAAUGCACUCCGAUCAGCAAGAUACAGAGAGAGAGACAGAUCCAACAACAAAAGAAAACUCCACUUUGAUUUUUCAUCAUUUAAACCAAAAAGAAAAGAUGAUGAAGAGUAAGAUGGCUUCUUCUUUACUCAAUAAACCUCUCAUCAUCAUCCUCUUCAUCUCACUCUCCUCUCUUUCUUCUCUCUCUUCUUCUUUACCUUCUACUCCAACCAUUUCUCCCUUCCAAGAGCUUUCGCCGGAGAUCGCUCCUCUCCUCCCUUCCCCCGGUGACGCUUUACCUUCCGGCACCGGCGCUGGUACAAUCCCUUCUUCUCCAAGCCCUCCUGAUCCUGACACUAGUGACGCCUCCUCCUACCCUGACCCGGCCUUUGCUCCCUUCGCUUCUCCGCCGGUUUCUUCUCCUGCUCCACCGUCUCAUCCUCCCGCCGGAGUUUUACUCCUCCUUCCCCUUCUUUCCUCCGCCUUGCUCCGGCUCCGUGGCGUUGUAGCACUACUGUAGUUCCACUUCAGUUAUAUACAUUAAACGAACGUUUUGGUUCUCACGUGUUUGUCCAAAUGUAUAUCAAUUCUCGAAUAAACAAAAAAAAAAAAAAACAUUUUCUUGUAAGCGAUAUAUUUAUAUACAUCUGAUGUUUCCCCUAAUGAAUUAUGAUAUUAUGAGUUGAUGUUAAAUAUUUCG